AUGCCUCAGCACCAGAGCUCUGCCGCCGUCGUCGACCUUCACCACUGCUUCGACAACGGCCGUUGCAUCAACCUGAAUCGACGAGAGUUCAUCCACGCGCCUCUGCUGUUCCGCAGCUCUGAUCAUCAAAAAAUGACUAAGACCUACACAGCCUGCAACAGGGUCCGCUCCCGGGUCACUGAAGAAGAUCUGAACAAUUUUGUUGCAACUGGCACCCUGGCUAAGAAAGAGGACCUCCACUGCAGGGUCACGGGUGAAGAAAAUCCUCCUGAGCCCAAGGAUGCUGAAGCUGACUCUUCCUUUUGGAAGAACAAACCACAGGAUAAGCCAGCCAAACCGGCUCGUACCAAAAGCAAGGUCACUAAGAAGCCUGCCAAGAAGAAGACCACCGAGCCCGCCAAAUUAAACUUGAGGAAGCCGAGGUCAGCCGUGCGGGUGACGAUGAGGACUAUAGCCAAGCCCAGCAAGAAGGCAAAGGUGAUGAAAACUCCUGUGAAUCCUUCUGAGCCGGAGCAGCAAUCAGUAGGAACCUCUCAUGAAGCUCCUGAAGCCACAGUUGAUGAUCUGCCUCUGGUUGAUCACAAUGCUGAUGCUAACCUGAUGGAUGUGGACGCAACUAUCAAUCCACCAAGCCCUGCUAAGCCGGCUAGCCCUGCUAUGCCGCCAAGCCCUGUCAAACACACUGAAGAUAAGGCUAGUGAUGAUGAUGUUGCUAUAACCGGGCAUGGUUAUACCACGCCAGGCCAACCCACUAUUUUGUCAAAACACAGUGCCAAGGAGGAAUUCACUGUUGCUGAUAAAGGCAAAUGUCGUGAUUAUGAAGCCGGCUUGGUAAAUCUGAUGAAGGAGCGUUUUGAGGAUGAGCUUAAUGGCAAAGAAUCCCAAGUUGCUGAUCUUCAAGAGAACAUUAAAUCCCAGCAAACAGAAACUCUCAAAGCCAAAGCUGAACUGACCACUGCUUUAGCAGAUAUGGAGAAGUUGAAAAAAGAUUUCAAAGAUGAUCAGGCUGGCUGGGAAACAGAGAAGUCAGCGCUGUUAAAGAGAGCGGAAGAUGCUGAAGUGGCUCUUAUUCCAGUAGCUGAAGAGCUCGCCGGCUCCAGAGUUUCCCACCUUGGCACAGAUAUGCGCAAAAAGCUGAAAGCCGCCUAUACACUUGUAGAUCAAUUAUAUACAGGCGCGCAAUGGGUCAUCUGCACAGCUGCACACAAGAAGCAACCAUCCACCCUUAUCAAGGAAACAUUGGAGAAGCUUUCUGUGAUGCCUUUGAGAAUUGAAGAGCUGAAGAAAUCUGCUGCAAGAGCCGGUGCGCUUACUGCACUAACCCGGGCCAAGGCAUGGCAGCCUUAUCUUGAUCCGGCAGACCUAGCAAUUGGUUGCACCAGUGUCAAAGAAGACGGGUCACCCUCUAGUGGAGAAGACUUUGCCACCAUAGCAAGGGAAAUGCGCCCUCUAGCAAGUAAGCUAGCUGAAGAUACCGAUCUUACACACUACCAACCGGUUGAUGCCGACAACAAGAAGGUCAAGGCGCCGAUUCAUGAGUCACAUGAUCUGACUCCGCCCAUCCGUAAGCACACUUUCGCCCCUGAUCCUGACCCGUCCACUCUUAUAAGUGACGAAGCUGUAUUCAGAGCCUUGACCGGGAUCAACUGGGCAACCAUUGAUUUCCAGCGAACGGGUGAAGAAGAACAGGGUGAGCCGGUGCUGGAUGAUCCACAACCUUCAACUCAUCAAGGCCAAGACCAGUAA